CGUCCUCCUGUGCGCCGACAUGCAACGUGAUUACUCGUUAAAAUGAGAAAGUUUUUGUUUACUUGGACGACGAAUAUCGUUAUUAAAGAUCAAUACACUGUACGCAGAAUAUAAAUCUACACUUCUUUCUCUUCAAAGACUAUUCUGCAGUCAGCACAAAGAUGGCCUCAUUCAAACCCACAAAAGUCCCAGUCUACCCAAAACUUGGAGAGAAGGUCUCAGAAGACACAUUGUACUGGAAAAACUACAAGGCUCCAAUCCAGAUAAAAGAGUUUGGGGCGGUCUCUAACAUAAACUUCUCCCCUGUGGCGCCACAUAAUUUUGCUGUAACGGCAUUCACCAGAAUCCACAUUUAUGGACCAUUCUCCCAGGAGCCUGUAAAGUCAUUUACCCGGUUCAAAGACACGGCGUACAGUGGCAGGUUUAGGUCAGAUGGUCAGCUGCUUGUAGCAGGAUGUGAGGACUCUGUCGUUCGGCUGUUUGACGUUAGCGGCAAGGUGGCACUCCGGAUGUUCAGAGGUCACACAAAGGCCGUACAUGUGACAGACUUCACCUCAGACCGUUAUCAGAUCAUCACGGGGUCAGAUGACUAUACCUGCCGACUUUGGGACAUCCCAAAUGCAGCUGAGCUCACCACCUACCAGGAACACGCCGACUACAUUCGCUGUGGUGUCACGAGCAAACUCAACAGAGAUCUCUUUAUUACCGGGUCAUAUGACCACUCGCUGAAAGUAUUUGACGCCAGAGUGGAUAAGAGUGUGAUGACCAUGGACCACAGCCAGCCGGUGGAGAGUCUCCUGCUCUAUCCAUCUGAAGGCCUUCUUGUCUCUGCAGGGGGACGCUACAUCAAAGUGUGGGACCUGUUGAAAGGCGGUCAGCCCCUGGUGUCUCUGAGGAACCAUCAUAAAACAGUCACCUGUUUGGCUCUCAGCAGCAGCGGACAGAGGCUCAUGUCGGCUUCUCUGGACAGGCAUGUGAAGGUGUACAACACAACCACUUAUAAAGUGGUCCACAACUUUGACUAUUCUGCCUCCAUCCUCAGUCUGGGUUUGGCUCCGGAUGAUGAGUCCAUUGUUGUGGGCAUGACCAACAGUAUCUUGAGCAUCAAGCACAGGAAAAGCCCGGAAGAGUCAGAGGAAAUAAGUGGUCUGCAGAGGCGGCGUCCGUCACAACGGGGUUUCGUGAAAGGGAAGAACUACGUUCCAAAACAGGAUGAUUAUCUUGUCAGCAAACCAGUAAAACAACAUUUGGCGAAAUAUGACAAGGAGCUCAAAAGGUUUAACGUAUCUAAGGCUCUGGAUCAAGCCCUGGAGUCUUGGACAAGAUCAAAAUUAAAACAGCCCGAAGUAACUGUGGCAGUCAUAAAAGAGCUGGAUCGGAGAGGAACUUUGAAGAAUGCCCUGGCAGGAAGGGACGAGCAGCAGCUCUCCCGGUUACUCCACUUCCUCAUCGGAAACCUGGUUGAUGCCAGAUUUGCACCAGUUCUCGUAACAGCAGCUGAGAUGAUCCUGGACAUCUACCGGUCGGUAAUCGGCCAAUCACCAAUCGUGGACCGACAGCUGCUGCGUCUGCAAGAGCUGCUGGGGAAAGAGAUCGACUACCAGAAGGACCUCCUGGAGGUUCUGGGCAUGUUGGACACAUUGUUUGCCUCCUCACUCCCUAGAAAGGAGGUGCCAUGCUCUGACAUCAGCAGGUCUAACGGGCCGGUUCAGGAAGAAGCGAGAACCUCGAGACCAGAGCUUCAGGUCACCUAAGUCUUUGUAGAUGCUCAAAAAACUACUUUUAGUCUGGGGUUAGAGUGCUUUUGCAACUCUUAAAAUCCCUGGUUGAAACAUUGGUUUUCCUUCAGACUUCACCCCAAAAAAAGAAGAAAAAACACCAUUCAGUAGCAGUGUAGGUGCCAGAUCAGCGUUGGGACCUUCAUUUACAGAUAACUUGCCCUCUACUGUAGGAUACUGGUAUAAGAUGGCUUUUGGAGACACAUCUGCUCACAGAGCUACAGCUGCACUCAGUAACUGUGAUAAGACCCAAUAACACUUGUUCAUGUUUGAACUGAUGUUAGUAUCUAACAUUGAUUGGUAAUAAAUAUAUUGUUCUUAGUGACAGUUUGUCAAAUCUGAAUGCUGCAGACAAAACUAAAGUUUUCUCUUGCUGUGAACUACAGAUUUUUCCCAUUUUGCCACAGUUUCAGUACUUUUCUAAUAGAUAAGGGCUAACGGCACAAAUGCACAAUUUAAAGGAUAAAUAACAGUUUCUGCACAAACGCAUCCUAAUUGAAAUCCUAAUUGAAGUUGGCAAAAUAUAUAUAGCAAAAUGCAGCAUCAAUACACUUUGUCACAGUCAAUGUGUGACACAAUCUGUAAAUGCAGGAUCCCCAACAGGCAGGCUGAGAUUGGAUCAGCUAGUUCUGUUCAGCUGAAAGCCGUUGCUUUUUACUGGUGGACAACGUAUGUUGCUGUGUGCAUUCACAACUGUUAUAAAGGAGUGAAAUGUCCAGUGAUGGAAUACCAUUGCAGUGCUUUCUUUGUCCAACAAACAGAGCUCUCAAUACAUUAUGUAUGAUGACGUUUUUAAUUGUAAAAAAUAAAUGAUCAGUAAAGUCAGCUAAAUAUAGUGAAGUUAAGGUUGAGUAUCAUUAAUGAAUAUCUGUACAAUAGACCAUCCUGUGGUUAUUUAGUCAAACAAAACUAACAAAGUAUCCGACAAUUGCUAUUCAUGAGCUAUUAGCUGGUGACAGCUGAGACGUCCCUCUGGCUGAUCCAAUCUUGCAGCAACUCUCUUCUGGUACCUACGUCGGCUUUAAAGACUGACCGGGCCAUGGUGUGAGCGACCGGUGACACAGUAGGCAGAAAAAAGAGAACAUGCAUUUCCAGGAUGUUUGAUCUCUAAAUGUGUGGAUGUAAAGUAAAGAGCAUCGCUUUGACUGGAAAACUUACAUGUUCAAUUGUAUAAGUGAUUACUCUUUAAGGAUGCCUGAUUUGUGUUUUCAUAAUAUAUCUGGCAUUGUUUUAUAAAAAAAAUAAAAUGAAAUAAAUACGUUCUUGUCAUAUUGAAUCUAAA